AUGCGGGGCGAUCGUCCCGGGCUCUCCGCCUUUCCCCCGCGAGGCUGUCGCGGGGCGCUUUUCUGGCGUCACGGGGCGGUCUUUGGCAUUAACGAUCCGCGGGGCGCGGAUUACAUGGCGUACAUGCUGAAGUAUGACUCCACGCACGGUCGCUACGGCGGCAUGGUGGAGGUGCGGGAAGGCGCUCUCGUCGUCAACGGCAAGAAGGUCCGCGUGACAAGUGAGCGCGAUCCCGCCAAUCUCAAGUGGAAUGA